UCUGUACAGAUGAUUAAUAUCUGACUUUAUGGAGGGUGCUGGCUCCAGACUGCUUGAAGAGGAUGUGCCUGCAAAAGGAGUAACUUCUGCAUUUUAUCUCACCAAGAAGUGCCUUGAGAAAGUGCCCUUGAACCUUAAGAUGACUCCUCAGGAUCCUUUUCCUAGAAGGUUCAUGGAAUACUAUCCAGAGAUUUAGGCUUUGACUUGGCAGACAAAGGAGUUCAAAGAUGCAGCAAGCCUGACAGUGAAGACAAGAAUCUUCUUAAAGAAGUCAGAACAAUCUGAAAUAUUGACCAUGUCUAUGGAUCAUAGUCCCACCACUGGAGUGGUGACUGUUAUUGUUAUUUUGAUUGCUAUUGCAGCUCUUGGUGCCUUGAUACUGGGCUGCUGGUGUUACUUGCGUCUGCAGAGGAUAACCCAGUCCGAAGAUGAGGAAAGCAUUGUGGGUGAAGGAGAAACCAAAGAGCCGUUUCUUCUGGUGCAGUACUCUGCUAAAGGACCUUGUGUAGAGAGAAAAGUUAAGCUAACUCCAAAUGGCACAGAAGCACAUAGCUAACCUGGAGCAACACAUGUACAUGGACUAUGCUUAUGUGUGUAACCAAUAGAAGACA